AUGCGCUUCCUAACCCUCCUCACCUUCAUCCCGGCGGUAGCUCUCGCCCUCGACAAACCCCUCGACAUCGCCCGAACCCACACAGUCGAAUGCACGCGCAAAACCCAGCGCGGCGACACAAUCAACGUGCACUACCGCGGCACGCUCGCCGCCGACGGCUCCGAGUUCGACGCCUCGUACAACCGCGGGCAGCCGCUUAGCUUCGUGGUCGGCCAGGGCCAGGUCAUCAAGGGGUGGGAUGAGGGCUUGUUAGACAUGUGUCCGGGGGACAAGAGGACCCUGACGAUCCAGCCGGAGUGGGCGUAUGGGGAUAGGGGCGUGGGGCCGAUUCCGGGGGGGAGUGUGCUCGUCUUUGAGACGGAGUUGGUGGGGAUUCAGGGUGUGAAGAAGGAUGAGCUAUGA